AUGCAGGCGCGGCGUCUCGCCAAGCGCUCCAGCCUGGGCAGCCGCCGGGGGGCAGCGCUGCAGCCGCCCGGACCCGCGCCCGCGCCCGCCCGCGAGGGCGCCCUGCCCGGGCUCCCGCCCCCCGCCCCGGGCCCGGCCGCGCCUCCGGCCGCGGAGAGCUGGAGGCCGCCUUUGCCGCCGCCGCGCAGCGCCGGGACCGGCCCCCCUCGGGCCGCCGGGGCUGCGGCCGCCUCGUCGCCGGUGCUGCUGCUGCUCGGGGAGGAAGACGAGGACGAGGAAGGCGGGAGCAGGCGGCGCAGGGGGCUCGGGCGGGUGGCGGAGAAGCCCCGAGGGGGCGCGGAGGAGGAGGAGGACGACUUGGAAGACGAGGACGAGGAGGUGGUCGUCGAGGUGGUGGACGGCUUUGACGACGAGGAGGACGGAGAGGAGCGCUUCGGGCCCCUCGGCCCUGGCCGCGCGGUCCCCAAGGGCCCGGCCCGGGGCGCGAUGAAGGUGGGAAGCAUUAAGCGGGAAAUGACCUUCACAUUUCAACCGGAGGACUUAAAACGUGACUCUAGUAAAAAAAUGUCUCACCAAAAUUUGUUCCCCUUGGCCAUGGAGGAAGAUGUGAAAACAGCAGACACCAAAAAGAUCAGCCGAGUCCUUGACCAUGAAAAAGAAAACACUCGCUCCAUCUGUCUUCUUGAGCAAAAACGAAAAGUUGUUUCUUCCAAUAUUGAUGUACCUCCAGCAAGGAAAUCUUCAGAGGAACUGGACAUGGACAAGGUCACAGCCGCAAUGGUACUAACCAGCUUAUCUACCAGUCCUUUGGUUCGAAGCCCUCCAGUGCGACCGAAUGAGGGGCUCAGCGGAUCCUGGAAGGAGGCCGGGGGCGUGCCGUCGAGCACCAGCAGCAGCGGCUACUGGAGCUGGAGCGCCCCCAGCGACCAGUCCAACCCGUCCACGCCGUCCCCGCCGCUGUCUGCCGACAGCUUCAAGCCCUUCCGCAGCCUGGCGCCGGCGGACGAUGGCAUCGAUGAGGCAGAGGCCAGCAACCUCCUCUUUGACGAGCCCAUUCCCAGGAAAAGAAAGAACUCUAUGAAGGUGAUGUUUAAAUGCCUCUGGAAAAACUGUGGGAAGGUGUUGAGCACAGCAGCCGGUAUCCAGAAACACAUCCGGACCAUUCACCUUGGGCGUGUUGGGGACUCUGACUACAGCGAUGGCGAAGAGGACUUCUACUACACCGAGAUCAAGCUCAACACAGACUCGGUAGCAGACGGACUGAGCAACCUGGCCCCAGUUUCCCCCUCCCAGUCCCUGGCUUCGCCUCCUACUUUCCCCAUUCCAGAUUCAAGCCGAGCAGAAACAACCUGUGCCAAAACCGAGACUAAAUUGAUGACGCCCUUGAGCCGUUCAGCUCCCACCACCCUCUACCUCGUGCACACCGACCAUGCUUACCAGGCUACACCCCCAGUGACCAUCCCUGGGUCUGCCAAGUUCACCCCCAAUGGCAGCAGCUUCAGCAUUUCUUGGCAGUCUCCUCCAGUUACCUUCACGGGCAUUCCAGUGUCGCCAACACAUAAUCAUGCGGUGGGCACAGGCGAGCAGAGACAGCACACCCACACCGUCUUGUCCUCCCCACCCAGAGGGACAGUCAGCCUAAGGAAGCCCAGGGGAGAGGGCAAGAAGUGCCGGAAGGUCUACGGCAUGGAGAAUCGAGACAUGUGGUGCACCGCCUGCCGCUGGAAGAAGGCCUGCCAGAGGUUCAUCGACUGAGAGGCCCCCAGCGGGCAGAGGGGCCAUGUCCCCAUCACUCCUGUCUGCACCUUCCACUGUGGAUUUUGGAAAGAGCUUUCCCUUCUGAGCAAGAUACACUUGAAACCCCAGGAAAAGCACUUCCAGGAACCUUGGUGGAAUUACAGCAAAAAGAAAGGCUGCCACCCUCACUGCUCUUACUGAGAAUCCAACCUAGAGCAGCUAUAACUCAUUUUUUUCCUUGAGAAGAAAAGUCAACCUUUUUUGCUGUAUGUCUAGAUCUGAAAACUGGACUUCUGUAGCAACCGAACCAAUAAAGCCCAUUUUACUUAGAAAGGCAUAUUUUGAUAACCUUUCUGAAAACUGCCAUUUCUGAGAUUUUUUUUUUGGACAUUUCAAAGAAGCUACACAUUCUUCAGUAGCAUUUGUACAGAGAACAGUACCUGCUUUCAUUGUGAAUAGUCUCUUCCCUGUUUGCCACUGACUUAGAGCAGUACACAUCAUGAGGUGUUGCCAGAAAGUGCAGCACCCGGGGUAUCUUUUUGAGGUCUUUUUUUUUUGUUGUUCGUUUGUUCAUUUUGUUUUGUUUGGAAGAACGGCCCCAGCUGAACCACGGUAGAGCUGUUAGCUUACAGGGAUGACCUAAACUCAAAAAAGAGAUUGACCAUGGAAAUCACCAGCAGACUUCAGCCCCCAGCUGAGUUCAGGACAUCCAGCUGUCACAGUUGGGAAACGUCUAGGAGUCCUUGGAUUUUUAUAAGAAGCUCCUUCCCAAGAGGCAGCACAGCUGCUUCCCUACCUGCUCCUUCUCUAUCUUCCCUACUGCUGAAUGCCCUGCUAGCAGUCCACAAUCCAAUCAGGAACUGGUGCAUGUAGCCACCUGGGUAAGCCUCGCUGCUCCUUUCAGAGAUGGGAGGCAAACUGCAGCUUGAAUCUGUUUGCUGGUGCUUGUCUGACAAGGUUGUGGUCAGGUUCAGGGCCUUCCAGCCUUCCCACGAAACUCUACCACUGACUGAUUCCCAAAGAGGUAGAGAAUGGCAAAAUGUCCCAGCAGGUUUGCUUUAGACAGCUGAGCACGGCCUACGCGUCUCCAUCUGUUGAGAAAGUUGUGUGAGGUCAACAAGCCAACAUCCAUUCUGAGUGCACUUUUAUAGGUUUUAUGCUUUAGCAUGUCUGGGAGAUGGGUUAAUGAAUAAUAUGGACAUUAUAUGGGUAAAUGGAAGGCCCAAACCUUUAUUUUUCUUAUAAAAAUAUUGGAGGUAUUCGUUAAGAAUUCACUCAGAAGGAAACAUGCAGAGCACCAAAAGGAAAAUGCAUGUUGGUAUAGGAAUCUUUCAAUUUAGUAGGACCAGGGCUUGUACUGUGUUCCUUCUAGCCUGGUAUGUUUGUUAAUUUGUUUGUGCGUUUAUGGUGGCAGUUGUGUCAGGGGAGGGGAGUAGUUGUCAAGCCCUAUAAAUAAGCUCAAUUCUCUAUCUACCCUAUUCCUGAAUGCCCUGCUAAAGAGUUCUUUCUCCUAUACCUAUGCAAAGAAGUAAGAGCACCUUAUAGGAUGCACUGUGUUGGGACGGGGGGCCUAGGAUCAGCCAUAGGAAUGUUAAAUGAAAUUGCACAGAGGAGAGUUUAAUAUAUGUUUAGAGACUGUACAUACACAUUUUUUAAAAGAGCAGAAAGAAGUCAUCUAGUAAUAACAGAUACCCUUUUUUUUAUAAAUGAGGGAAAUAGGUUCUAUAGUGUAACAUUCACAAUCUGUGCAUUCAUAGAGUUUGCAACUUUAUUUUUUCAACUGUCUCCUGACUUUGUAAACAUUAUUCCUUGAAAGAGAUUCUGUUUGCCUCCUUCAUUUAUUAUUUUCUUUAAAAACACUAUUGCAAGAGAUGAAAGAGCUUCAUUUAAUUGCACAUCGUGGUUACCAAUCAGUACUAGGCAUAGUGCCAGCUACUAUGUAUGUUUUGGUACCAACAUGGCCAGCCAGGAAAGGGCAUUUUUUUUAAAUGCAGAAAUGUAUUUGCCUCCCCCUCCCCAGCAUGUCUUUUCUCCUCCCCGCUGUCCUGUUGCGCCAUCUACUGCUGUGAGCUGAUGCUCUGGCCUUGUCCGGAGACCCUGAGCUAGGGCAGAUUGCACAGUGACCCCAGUGAGCCCCAGGCCGGGCAAGCACUUGAGCAGGUUUGCCAUAUGCUGAAAUGGUGGCCAGGCUUCAGGCCUGGAGCAGAAAGUUUUCUCUUUGGCAAAUAAGCCAGUAAUCAAAAAGAUUGAAAUGAUAAGGGGCUACACCCAUUCCCUCUCCAAGAACUUUGGGAACAAAGGGGGAAGUGAUCCUUGAGUGGAGCAGUGCUGGAGCACAACUCUGUGGCUCUGCUUCCAGAGACCUAGCCCGUGAGUAGGUCUGAGUUCCGGCCUGGCUGAGUCAAGCUCAGCUCACUGGCUGCUGGCCAGUGCAUAAGUAUAAGCAGAAGCAUAGAUCUAUAAGCUUCCCUGGAAUUUCUCAUCCUUUCUAAAACCUACUUUGUUCACACUCUUAUACCUCUCCGACCCACACAAGGACUCCUUUCUGCCUACCAGCCCCGGGGUGCACCUUCCUAUCUGACAUUUAGGUGCACAGACCCUCACUACUUUCCUGCAAAUGCAGACCCUAUUACCUGUACCAAGACAUGUAAUAACUGGGGGACCACCAAGCUUUGCCUGACUGGCCAUGAAGAAAAGGGAUUAAACUUCUUGCAAGCUACCCAGAAAGCAAGAAUCACAAUAUACAUCCUUUGGUUGUGAAAACUAAAAUUUAAAAAAAAAAAAAAAAAAGUAGAGCUAUUUUGUUAUAUUUUGGAACUAAAGGGAGUGCCAAAUUAAGCCAGACAUUCAAUGUAUGCCUUCUGUGUGGUACCACAUUCUUUUACAUCUUCAUUUGAGAGGGUAAGAAAGAGGAUGGGUGGAAGGGGGAUCCCCAUGGCAUGCGGAACACAACAGCCGGGCCCCAUCCACAGAGUGCUCAGAGGCCUGUCUGUGCAAACAGAGUGGCAAAAAAAUCGAUUCCGGUCCCAAAGUAUUUCUGAGUAAGGCAUGCUGUCGCCUUUGGCUUUUUAUCCCUUGAUAUUUCUUCCUUCAGCAAAGGUAUCUCAUCUCUCUCCAAAGAAAGCAUGUUGUAUAUUGAACAGGUAGCUCUCCUGAUAGCUGCAAAAAGUGUUCAUCAGACAGUAGUUUUAAGCCUUAGUCCUUCCCUGUGGGUAUGUGUGCAUUCAAUUUGUGGUUGGCAAUGUGACAACUUGGAGCAAACACCCAAAUAGCAAGUGGAUCGGGGACAGACAGAAGAUACCAGAGAACAGCUCCUAUUUAUCAUGUUGGGGCUCAUAGGCCCGUGGUGACUGUCCCUGGGCCAGGGGUGUGGCCUGUCAUGCGUAUCCCUGGUGGGCACAGAACUCUCCCCAGCUCAUUUCUGGAAAGUGUCAUCCCUGGGUUGGUAAAAGCAAGGUGUGGGGGAGGGGAUUCUGAGCAGAAAUGUGCUUGCUCAGCUGCAAAGUGCCUGCCAGCAGAUUCCUGCACUAACAAGGUGCCACUUACCAGGCUAUUCCUGGUCCAGGGGACCCAGGUUGCAAAUGAAAACUUUCAGAAGGGAAUGAUGUGUUACAGUUGGACUCUCAUAAAACUUCUUAAAGAAAUGGUAACAUGUAUGUUACAGAAGAUUUCUGAAACUGAAAUGCCCCCCUCAGAUUUCAAGAUCACUUGGGUUUCAGUGGGGUCUCUGGUGUCAUGCUCAGCCACACUUCUGAAAGUAGCCCUGGGUUCUAAACUAACUGGCACUGCCGAAUCCACUCCCCCUUCUUCAGUCUUCAUUGGAAAAUGAGAGGGCAGCAUUUGCUUGAGAGUGUUGCAGAGAACACUUUUCAGAGAAUAUUCAAAGAACAAUUCAGAGAAAAGUGGCAAGAAUUGUCCAAAUAGGAGAGAAUACCUUGAGAAGAGUAGCAAAAUACUGUAAAAAUAUCAUUUCCUCAGGGAAAAUUAAAGGGUAUGUGAAAAAUAGAUCUGGCGGAUCCUGAGACUAGAAAGACUUAUUAUCUUUAGAAUCUUUUCUAGUCAGAACACUUGUUUUUGUCAAUGAGCAUGAUACCAUUUCAAGACCAACUUGUGUGAACUGGACAGUGCCGAUUGUUGAGGUACAGAGGGAUGCUCUGUGAAAAAGAGCUAUCUUUGUAGCUGACCUGCAGUCUAAGGCUGACAUUUGAACCACAGGCGCUGUCCCUCGUGGGUAUUCAUAGAGUCAUGGAAGUCUUUUUUCUGAAUGUAAUUGUGAAUAUGAAGCCUCAGUGUUCUUUUUUAUAAUCACCCGCUUAGAUGACUGGUUACUAACUAUAAGCAGAAUUUUGUAGGCGAAAGCCAUUAGAGAUGUGUAUUCGCUGUAAUAGCAUAUUAAGGAGCAAACUUCCAUGGACUUUUGUCGACAAGAUGCUGCUUUUUCUCAUGACCCUGUAGAAAUUCUAUCGACCACAUCAACUGUAGCAUUGACCUGUAUGAAUGGAGGGAAGAAUUUGUGCAUACAAAUGAGUGGAAACAGAGCAGGAUUCAUGAAUAUGGAUGAGGAUGUGGAUCAAUUUGGAGAAUUCGCUGGGUACAUGGGUCAACUGGAAAUUUCAUUUCUCUACGAAAAUUACCCUACCAGCAGCAUACACCCACUCCCUGUUCCUCAUUCUGUGAGGAUUCCUCUGUAACGGGACUGGGGACUGUCUUAUUGUAUCUUUUUGCUUGUAACUAGUCAAACCAGAAGUCAGUAAAUAAAAUGAGAUUAGCACUUUUAGGUACCAAUUGUAUCACUAAGUAAUGCACACCAAGCAGGCAAGAAAGUAUAAAAUGUAUUUCUGACCUACCGGUUUGCUUUUUGUGACUGACUUUGGAAACGCCCAUAGGAUAUAGUGCUUUAAGAGGUGUAUAAUCUAUCAUAGGACCAGAAAUCAAAAUGGAAAUUUUACUUCUGGUUGGGUUUGUAAAUAGUUCCCUUUUUUUGAAGACAAUCUCAUGUUUUAUAACUUUUCUCGUGGGUCUGAGGAUCACAAUGGUAAUGUGUUGUGUCAAAAUGUAAUCUUAAAUGCAAUGAUAAUUAUAAGUUAAUUUUCCAAAUAAGACAACUAAUAUACUGCUUAGGCUUCUAUGAUUCUAAGAGACAUGACACUUUUGUAGUAAUAAACAUUAGUACUUAACUUCUCAAGUUAGCCGAACUGGAAAUAUUUUACAAGAUACAGUGUUUUGUAAUCACGAAGAACAUGAACAUUUUGUGGGAAAUGACCUUGGUUUUAUACAUUGUAGCUUAUUUUUUAAAAUACAGUAUUUUACCAGACAGGAAGUGUUAAUAUUAUAAGCAAUUCCUGCUCUCCAAACAAAGGGCUAUGCCUCUUAUAAGCAAAGUGUUUUGAUGUAUAUCUUUUCAAUUAACCCUCUGCAACAAAGGUAGAAAUGCAGAUUUGAUAGAAAGCCAAUUACAAGAGAAUCGAGAUGACAAUGGCUAUUUCCUCUUAUCAUUACCUGUGUGUUUUCAAAGUAUUAUAGAAAAGACACUUUCAGAAUCAUCCUGUACACCUUAAAUCUUUAAAUGUCCCUAGAUGUGCAUAUAGGCAAUGGGAGACGUAUUCUUAUUAAUUCUUUAGUAUAAAAUGGUAGUCUAUCACAAAGACAAGUUGACUGUUUGACUUGCUGGAACCAAAAACCUGCCUAACUAGCAAGUAUCAUUUGGUGGAAAUUUCUAAAAUCAUGGUAGGUAAGCCCAGAGAUAGGAUUCUUAGGUGAUUAGUAGUGUUUACAAUAAUUUGCCCUCAGCACUACGUAAAUAAUUUUAAUUUCUUUAUCAGAACAAGCACUUGAUUUUUCAUGCAAAAAAUUUACAGACAUGCAAGGUAGAGAUCAGAAAGUGACCGCUUUCACAAGAGUCAGGAAACAAGAUGGGGAGCCAUGGACAGUUUAUUAACUGCACAAAUAAUUCUGAACUUUGCCAAAUCCAUUUCAUAGUGCUGUACAAUUUUUUUUCCCUAACCCAUUCACUGUUAAAACAAAAAAGCAUCUGUUCUUUCUAAGAUUUUAGUCAUUUAGGCUAGGUUAAUUAGCCAAGUAUGCAGACAACAUCAAAGGGAAAGCUGGGAUAGAAUGAUCAUGCACCCAUUGGGCAAUCCUAUGAGUGGUCAGAGGGUCCUUCAGAUCUUUAUGUCAAAUGGGCUUUAAAGAAAGUAUGCACACAUGAGGACUGGAAAUGCACGAAGUUAGAUGAAAUAUGUGCAGCCAUGGCUCCCGGUCUCAGAUGAGGCAGUCUGCAGAUCUCUAUCUUCAUUCCCUUGGAAUAUCUCCACUGUUAGCAUUCAGUUCCCAAGGAGUGUUUAUUGCAUAUGGUCUUGAACCAACUGAGUCUUGUUUCAUCUUUAAAUAGAUUCUUCCUAAUGGUGUAUAGCAGAUGCCUCACGGGCAGGUUCUGUAAAUGAGCAGGUCAGAUCAGGCAAAAGACAGGACAGUAGAGAAUGGUGAAGAGCACAUAUACCCCCUUGAAGGGGACCCCACACUCAGCUCUAGACAAUCAGCACCACUCAGAAAUCAGGCUCAGGGCUGCUAGUUUUUCUAAAUUGGAAAUAUGGUAUUACAUGAAAUCUAUAUGUUGACAACUCACUCAAAUUCUUGGCCAACACUGCAGACCAAAGAGAACCCGAAUGUGGGCAGAUGCAGCCUUUGGCCACUAAUUUCAUUUAUUGGGGUUUGCAGAUUUCACAUUCCGUGACCAUCACAUUCUCCCCUUUGCCCCACAAACUCAUGCAUUGGCAUUAUCUGGGCAACUAAAAUCUCCAGAAAUGAUUCUCAUGGAAGACUUGACUAUAGACAUGUCGUAUCUUUAAGCCUUUCCUAAGUGUACUGAAUUAUUAUCCAGCUCUUAACGCUUCUUCCUUCUGUGCCCAGACCAUGCCCCAAAGCAUUGAAUAACUGUAAUCCUAACUUUAUUGUUUUCACUACCGUGACCACUGUGAUGAGGGGCUGGCAAAGAGCAGCCUUGUGCCUUCAGAGAAGGCAGCCAGGAGCCACUAAAGUUUUAAAAUAGCACAUAUUGCCUCCUUGUGCCAAAGCCCUUUGCCACCCCCUCCACACUCCUUCCUGCUCCAUCUGCCUCAUAAGAUUUCAUUCCAGUGUAAAUUUAUUGUUGUUUCACCUCUGAUAUGGCAAAAUGCUUGCUUCGGAACUGGUAGGCACUUAGGUAUUCACAGUGUCCACUAACCUCAAAGUGGAGGUUUUUUCCGCAUAAAAGCCCAUUGCAUCUUUAAGAGCAAAUACAAAUAAACAUGUCAUAGAAGAAAUUAGAAGUUGCUUCCUGUAUUUGAAUGGACUGAGUUUUUGGGGUUUUUUGUUUUUUUUUUUUAAUUAUCCUAUAGCUGAGUCCUGGUAGUAUUGGAAUAAUCACAAAUCCUUUCAUAUGUGAAACAAAGUAUGUCUCUUUUGGCACAUUUCAUUUGCCCUUAUAAGGACCCAGUGGUGAAGGGAAUAUUGAAGAUCACAAUCACCACCUCCAAGGCCAACCAGGAGUAGUCUUGAACUUGUGAGUAAGCUCAUUACUGCCUGCCAGGGAGGGAGAGGGCUUAACUAGCUGGCUCAGACCUAACCUUCUAGAAUGACUAGAUCUGAGAAGAUGAGGGACCCAUCAUGUGCUUGACUCACAUUUUCAGCUCAUAUCUUAAGCAUGAAAGUGAAGAGCCCACUCGAUUUCAUUGUCAAAUCAAACCUAAUCAUGCUCAAACAAAUCCCUCUACUGUAGUUACCAUACCCCUAUUCCUUAAGACUCAACUAUCUAAGUGGUUAAUUAUAGGAGUUUAUUAGCUAAUUCAGUGUUCUAAGUAAAAGCUUUGACUCCUAUGGGAACAAGUUAUUUGGCUGCUAACAACCAACCCAUUAGUUAUCCAUGCAAACUUAAAUAGAUGCCAGAAAAUUUAAAAACAGUUUAAGUUUACAAUCUGUAGUAAUGAAGUCAAAAAGUCCUAUCAGAUUUGAAAACACCUGGUAAUAGGGUUCAGUCAUGUUAAAUUAUGAAUACAAUUUAAACAAUUUAAAUCUCUGGCCGUGCCUGAGAUUUCUGUCAUUGUGAGUGAUUAAAAGGCAGUCUAUUUUAUGAAUGGAUUUCAUCUUCCCACCUUCCAUCAGUGUACCAGCUUUCACAUCUGGACUGUAGGUAAAGCCUCUUUAGGGAGUUUAGGCAUGGAGCUGAAGGGAGCCUAAAUCAUUUUAGUCUGUCACCUGCUUUGUUAACAGGCUUUUUGAUAGUGAUAAUUUUGUUAUGUUUCUAAAGAGGUACAGUGAUGAGGGAAGAAACAGCUGAAUUCUUCCCUCCUCUGCUAGAAAGGAAGCCCAUUCUGCAGUGGUAGCAGGACUUAAGGAAGAAAGCUACCAUUCCAAAAGAGGGCAGUUAGAUUUUGAAAGAAGGUGGAAGUUGGAUUAAAUUGUAGUCCUUUGCUUUACAAACUAUUCUUCCAUAUUGGAAACCAUCAACAUAAUUAUUAACUACCACCUUCCAAAGAGAAGAUUCCCUUUAUAAUAGGAAAAUCCUUAAAAAUCAAUUUUUGAAUCUAAUUAACGAUUAUAUCUCCUUACUAGGAAUUUAAUUCCCUAAGUCUUGAAUUCAGAAAACCACAGUAGGAAAGUAGCAACUCCUGGAAAAGAUAAGAGCUGCCACUAAAGAAGGAAAUUUUCUUUUAAAAAAAGUUGCUCAUCUGUGUGCUUCUGAAUUCUCUACACCCCUCACUGGAAAGGGAAACUAGUACCCUGGAGAAGAAAUUGAGAAAUUAAGAGAGAGAACAGUCCCCAUUGUGGCUAUUAAUGUUGCUUCCUUCCCCAUCUUGGCUACCACAUCACAUCUGCUAAGUGAAAUGUUAUUCUACCAUCUCUGACUUCCGCUGCCUAAGCCAGAAACCGGCCUGUCACUAUGUGUGUUCGUUGUCAAAGCCCUGAUUAAGCAUCCUUACUUCUGUGCUGCUGAUUUCUCUUAAAUCCAGUUCCAAUGGAAUACAUGUUACCAUGAAUGGUACCUUAGGUUUCAUCAGCAAGGUUACCCCUUUCCUUUAAGGAAAAGUUUCCAUCUGCUUGGACAAUUUUUGGUGAUCAUUCAGAGAGCAGGUCGGUGAACCUACAACCUGCCAUGCUCAUCACAAAAGGUUGGUUCAGGGUCCCUGAUAAGGAAUAACAAGGCAGGUAUCCAACCCUUUCACCCAUUUCCAGCUCCCUCCAUGUGAGAAGCAACGGAAUAAUUACAACCAACACCUCACAGUGUGAGGGACCAGGAAGGACAAAGGAAUAGCCUCCAGGCCCGGACCUCUCCCCACAAUUAUAGAACUUGGAAACUGAAUUGGCCUCUAUUGUGAAAAGAAAGUGGCUCCUGCAGCAUAUAAUGGUUUUAUAUUUCUGGAAAGAGAAAAGGACAACUCCAAUUGACUCAUGUUCACUUAAACACUUAUCCCUUGCCCAGUGGGCGCCCCCCUCCCGUGUUUUGGGCUGAGAUGGCUGGCCAGAGAGGAAAGAGAGUGUUUUGGGCUGAGGCUCCAGUUACCCCUCAGGGAUCUAUGGUGUAGCGUGAUCAUAAGCCACUACCCCUCAAAAAAAGAGUGCAUCACUUUGCAGAUUACAAAUCCUUGCUUUGCUUUUUAUGCCUUUUUUCCUAGACUCUGCUAAUUGGACAUCAACGACUGUGACUUGACCAAGCCCUGUGAUGAUAGCAAAGCCCUUUCUUCCAAAGUUUCCCAACUGUUUGGGAAACCUCUGUGAUCACUGGUAGAAAGCUUUAGAGUAGAUUUAGAUUUUUAGGGAAAUACCCCCAAAAUAUACUUGUUCUAUGACUUCGAGAACUGAAAAUGCCACGGGUGUAAAAUCACCCAGGAAUGUGGAUCAUCUAUGUUUUUUUUUUUUUUUUUUAGUGCCAUUGAUCAAUAUUUUCCUACAACAUGCCUAAAAUUCCUAUUUUUGUAAUGAAUGGUUGAACAAUGGUCGACCAUUUAAACAUACACUUUCUGGAAUAACCAGACUAGUGUAGUUUCCAAAGUAUCUCAUGUAUCAAAAUCUAUAUACUUAGAAGAAGAACUCAGGAUAAGAAAAAAUUGCUAGGUCCCAAAGGGUUCGUGACUCUCAUCAAGUGCAACUACUGGUGGCCUGCAAUCUUUUUUUAAAUGAGGGGCUGAGGAGUAAGAGAACAAGUUAUCACCGAACCUCGGUUGCCCUUAUUUCACGACAAGGUUUAAAAAAAAAAAUCUGCUGUAAAAAUUAAGCCAUCUUUGAUUUCCUGUCCACACCAAAUCUAAAAUAUUAAAAAGAAAUUAAGACAUAUAUUAAAUGGAGUAUUUAGUGGAAAUGCUGUCAGUAGAAAGUAUUGCUUUUUAGUGCCUGCUAAACAAGUAAGGGGAAAAUGCUAGAGACAGAAGCAGUCCUUCCUGUAAGAUGCUAAUGUUAAAAUGACAAACAUAAACUUGCAAUUGGGCAAUAAUCCAAAAACAAUGUGGCAAUUCUAUCCAACUUUUAAAAUACAAUCUUACUACCAUUUAGAGGUAAAUACUUGCUUACAAAAGUCUUUAAUAUUAGUGAAUGAAUGUAUGAAGUUACAAACUAUGCAUUUUCAAAGAGUAACACGUAUUUUCUAUCUAAUCCAAGUAAAUUUUUUUCAUAGAGAUUUAUCACAACAGCAAAUUAUUCAAAAUAAAUGUGAAUGAAUAAUGUUGUGGGGAUGUAGAACUCCCUCCUAUAUUCUUCUAGCUGAUGUUUUUAAAGACAGUGCAUUGAAACUUCAGGCUCUAAACAAAUGUAGUCAUUAAGGUGAAUAAAUGGAAAAUCGGAAAUAUUUUGCUUCUUAAUCAUAAAUGGGAAAUGUUAUAAUAUGUACCCAGUUCUUUAAAGGUGGAUGUUCUAGUAACCCUGAAUUAACAAGUAAAUGAAACUGCAUAGAGUUAAUAGUAUUGUGUUGGAUAAAGAGAGCAUAGGCGGUGUCUGUUGUGUUUAAUCUCAAUCUAAGGAACGAAAGUAUUCUUCAAAGGGGUUGGGUUAUAUAAUUUCAGAAAACAAGGUAUAAAAAUAUUGUCCAGCAAAGCAAAUCCUUGAUCCUUUUCAAAAUAUCAUGGAGAUGAUUACUUAUAUUUUGGAAAACCCCUAUAGAACAUACAUACAUUUCUUCAGCCUUCUUGUUGAUUUUGUAUUUCCAUAAACUUUUCCCCUAAUAUUUUAUCUUUGCUCUUAAUCAGUGCUUUACUGUUCAGCAUGAAAAAAUAUUCUUUUCUUCCUCUGACAAUGUGGAAUACAGAACUCCAUUUCUCUGCCAUUCCAGUUCACUUCUAGGUCCAUUGAGAAAGUUUCUCAAAUGGUUGUAUGUAAAAUAGGAGGAAACACACCUCUAAACCUGGUACUUAUGAUUAUACUGGAUAAGUUUGCUACAUAUUUAGUAGUUACUGGGAGCGGGAAUAUGUCUUUUUAUAUGAUUUUUAGCCAAAUUCAGAUGUUCUGAUACAUUUCUGAAUACCUAUUUGACUGUAAAUACAGCCUGUGGGGGUUCAGGUUAAUAAAUCUUUUACAUGACUGUUGCUCAGCCAUGCUCCUUGCCAGCUUUUGGCACAUUGUACAUAGAUUUGUUGAAUGUUUAAAUGAUGUUGUUUUUCUAAAUGCUGUUCUCUAAAACUUUUUGAAUGUUUUUUGCUUUCCAUUGUUUUUGGACUUUGUGUGUUGGUUUAAAAAAAAAUGUUUCCUAACUAUUUAACACCAGAAAAAAUAUUUAAAUUAAACUGGUGCUAAUUGAAACAAGAAAACUUUCAGACAGAAGAUUUACAAUAUAAAAUGCUCACACCAGUUAAACUAAACUAAACUGCACUUUCCUAAGGGGACACCUGGCAUCUACCUGAAAUGGGCAUCAGGAGGACCACUGAAUGUUUACAGUUUCUGUGGCCCAUUUACAUGUAAAAUAUAAGUGGUUCUGUCCCCCCAAGAGUUGAGGAUUUGCUGCAUUGGUUCUAUGGAAGCAUUUAAGUAGAAGUAAAUGCUUAUAGUAAGAAUCACUUUAGUAAUAGUCUUCUGGUCUUUGGACUUUCAUGUUCUGUAAUGCUUAGCUGUAACAAUGAAUAUGGUGUCGCCGAUCUAGUCUGACAUCAUCGUUGACCUGUACUUACUGUGUGUAUGGUUCUACCUUGGGUUGCACUGGCACAUGCCACGCCAGAACACUGGACUUGCGAUAAGACCAUUCUGACUUCUACAGUGUCCACACACAUGAAUUUAAAUGCACUUGUACCUGGUUAAUUACCAUGGAGUCUAACUUCCACUUAAUAAAAGUUUUUGUGUAUCUGCUUCUAUUUGGGAGCUGUUUGUUGAAGAAAAAGAUAACUAACUUGU